GUGACGUACACUUCCUGGUAGAUAAAUGUAAAGGUAAAAUGUUGUUUAUGUGACGUACACUUCCUCUUCAGACCGUUCGACAUGAUCUGAUGACAUUUGUAAUCAUUCACAAGUUGUAACUGCGAAGAAACGUCUGAAAAAUUAUGGAGCCACUUAGUGUUAUAAUAUUUGGUGUGAUUUUAUUGGUGAUUUACUUUUUAUGGGGACGACCAAAUGGACAAUCUACAAAGCCAGGUAACCAGGGAAACUUAUUUGACCAAACCAAGCUGAAAAAUAACUCAAUAUAUCGGAUGUAUAUGGGAGGAACCCAUUCAGGGAAGAUCAUUGACAAAUUCACUAGCCUGGAUGAAGUUACUGAAGCUGUUAGAAAAGCUGGACUGGAAUCAAGCAAUCUUAUCUUUGGUAUAGAUUUUACAGCCAGCAAUGUACAUCAGGGACUAAAGACAUAUGGAGGUCGAUCUUUACAUCAUCUAGAUAUACUCAAUCCGAACCCGUAUCAGAGGGUGAUCUCAAUACUUGGGGAGACACUAGAAUCAUUUGACGAGGACAACUUAAUUCCAGCUUUUGGAUUUGGUGAUGUGACAACCAAAGAUUUUGGCACUUUUCCAUUCCUUAGUGAGGGCUAUUGUGCGGGGUUCCAGAGUGUACUAAGUGCCUAUAACGGUGUUGCUGAACGUGUCAGACUCAGCGGUCCAACUAAUUUUGCACCACUUAUUAAUAAAGCUGUUGAUAUAGUAAAGAAUACCAGAGCAUAUCAUAUCCUGGUCAUUGUUGCAGAUGGUCAGGUGACGUCAGAAAAGGCCACAAAACAAGCCAUUGUCCAGGCUUCUUACCAUCCUUUAUCUAUCAUUUUGGUUGGCGUCGGUGACGGACCUUGGGACAUGAUGGAAGAGUUUGACGACGGCCUACCAUCAAGAAAAUUUGACAAUUUCCAGUUUGUUGAUUUCAAUAAGAUAAUAUCGGAGGCAAGAAAUCCUGAGGCAGCAUUUGCUCUGUGUGCUUUGAUGGAAAUACCAGACCAAUAUAAAAAGAUAAAACAAUUAGGGUUGCUCAAUUUUGACUGAUUGGGUAUUUUUAUUAUCACAAUUUAUUUUUAUAUUAAAAUAUUAUCAAUAUCCUGCUAGACCUUAUUCCAUUAUUUUAUAUGUGUUAUAACUUUAAUUAAAACACAUUCCAUUUUAAAGUAAAUAUACAUACGUAUGGGCCACUCCCUGAUAAAACCUGUAUUACUGACAAAACAUCAAAAUUGCGAUAACAACAUAUUCCUGAAAACCAUUCUUUGACCUUUCAACUCUGACAAUUUGAAGAAAUUAUUUUGACUCUUCAAGACUUACUGGUUUUAAGUAAGUCACCAAAGACAUUUAGAGACAUGACAUCAAGAACAUUGUUAAAGCAGUAUGUUGUUGUCUUACAUGGCAUGUAUAUUUAAUGUCAUUUAUGUGACAAAUUAUGCAGAACGCUAAAUAAACAUCAUGCAUUUGAAUAUUUGGAAACAUUUUAGAAUGAUUCCAUGGAAAAAUAACUUUACUGUACAUUUUUAGCUCAACUUUUCGAAAAGAAUGUAGAGCUAUUGCACUCAUUCCGGUGUCAGCAUCACCGUGUGUUAAAGCAGCAUGCCUCCAGAUUUGGCUAAAAAAUAAUCUUUCUUUCAAAUUGAAGUUUGGUCAUAUUAUGAACAUUAGAAUAUGAAUUUUUGUUUCUAAAAUAUUUCAAAAGUUCCAAAUCAAGAAGAAGAAAAAGGGAAUCAAACCCCGACCGACGCGGCAAUAAAAACAUUUUCUCGUCGUCGUAACCAAUAGUGCUAUAGCUGAAGUAGUGAAUAAUGACUUCAAAAUGUAAAUACUUAUCAUCGGGACAGUUUCCCUGGAGUAAAAGCGUGACAAACACUUUUCAAUUUGUAUCGUAAAAAGUAGUAAAAACAGCAAAUUCUCAUGUGUUUCCGUAACAUUUAAUUACUUUGUUUUAAAGCCUUCUUAAGAAAUAUAGCAUUUAUUUCAAGAUAUCAAAAAAAAUUUUGUUGUCAAAUGAUCUGGAGGCAUGCUGCUUUUAAGCUUUUGAUAAUGUUAAAUAUCUCUGUUACUAUCAAAGCUAUUGAUGUGAAACUUAAAAUAGUUAUUUACUAUCACAGUCAAUACUAGGAGAAACAAUUCCCAUAACUCUGAUUUGAAUUUUGUCAAAUUUAUGCCCCUUUUUAACUUAGAAUUGUUUGGAUAAAGUCAAAUAUCUCUGUUACUAUCAAAGCUUUUGACUAGAAACUUGAAAUAGUUAUUUACUAUCAGAGUCUAUACCAGGAGAAACAAUCCCCUAAACUUUGAUUUGAAAUUUGACAGAGUUAUGCCCCUUUUUAAUUUGGAAUUUUUAUGCCCCCGAAGGGAGGCAUAUAGUUUUUGAACGUGUGUCAG